GCCGGUGGAGCACGUACCAUAAGUGUCGGCAUUCCCGAGCGACAAUGAAGCACAGCACCCCCAGUCCAGCCAACUGCUGGGCAUCUUCUGUAUGCCACCCCUCCCCGCCAGUCCCGCCACGGACGCCCCCGGCUCUGCCCACCAGCAGUUAAAAGCGUCCCGCACGGGCGACAACCCCGCCACUAUGUGCCUCAAGUCGCAGCCAUACCGCAACACCAACACCACAGGCGCCGCCACCACCCCCAGCUGCCAUGACAAUCCUGGGCGUGCAGAUGAUCUCUGACGGUGCCAAAGAUUGCAUUGGUUACAAGAGGGACCUGCUGACGCAAAGAUGGCGCCGGCACCGUCGUGCCGCUCGACUCCUGGAACGCCCGCGCCACCGAGGCCGUGACCAGCAUGUCUGGUGUGUUGGGCUCAAGCAGCCUGUGGCCGUGUGGCGAUCCCUGGCAGGCCCAACUGUUUGGAGGCCUUGCUGCAACCCCUUUAUGUCCUUCGCAGGCGACACGCAACAGCGGCAGCAUCGACCCUGCAACACCAUCAGCCACCAGGCACAGGUCAUGUUUCAGACCUGGGAUCUGGGUCUGUGUUCGCGGAAUGCCGGAUGCGAUAUGGGGCAAACGCUGCCAUACGCAGAUGCAUGCGUAGCCGACCCCUAGAACCGAGAGGAGGACCUGUUGACACGGUUGAACGGGCGCGGCAGCCGUAACGCAAAUAUGUAGUACACAGGUUUGCGCAAGGUUGCCCUUAAGCACACAGCAGCAAAAUUAAGCUAACAGG